AUUGUUUGUGCGCGAGAAAAUACGAUAUAGUAAUCAGAAUCAGUUGCUUGUUUAUUUUUACGAACUCCAGAUGUACAGAAAUAAAUUUGUGUGAAUAAUAUUUGCAACAGUGGGGAUUUGGUCGCGAAUCAAUGUAAAUUUUAUCGUGCAUUGGACAGAAUGAUUACUAGUAUAUGUAUAUUAAACAAUAUGUGCGUACAAUGUUGUGGUUAACUACGUUUUGAAUAGUUUACAUACAAAACAGAGUGAUAUUUCUUUAAAGAUAACGACAAACAUCACAGAAAUAUGUCGUCCUCGCCAGAAAAUGCGAUCAAGAAGCCUAUUAGGCGUCUAGAGAUUCAAAUUAAUAAUUUUAAUGUAGCUAUACCGCAUCAUGUUGAUUUAUUAAAACGUCACAAGGUUAACAUACUAAAGUAUCAAGCGCAACACGAAUGGGUGAAAAUGAAUAAAGAACAGAUAAACGUAUCUAGGUUGGUGAAGCAAUUGAAAGAAUUACUGUACCAGAUGGACACUUUAAGAUCGCAGGUUUUGGACUCGGAUAUCGAACAGUUCGAUAAGUUGAUCGGCAAUGCUCGCAAGAGUCUCAUGAAUGCUAUAGAAGAAUAUUUAGAGCUGCAAUUGAGCUUACCACUAUCACCACCGGAAUCACCCAAAGGCGAAGAUCAGGAGAAAGACCACCGACUUAAUGAUCGCUAUGUCCAGUUGCAUGAACAGCAACAAGAGUUGGAACAUCAACAGGCAUGUCUGCAUACUUGGAACAAUCUGCAUGAAGACAUAAACCAGCUGCAUGACUUGUUUAUUGAUUUCAACAAGAUUGUGGAUGAUCAAAGAGCGUUAGUGAACACAGCGGAGAGUGACAUUGAAGAGACGCAGGUAAAUGUGGAAGCAGGUGAACAGUCACUAGCGAGAGCUUCGAGAUACAAACAUGCGAUGUACCCCUUAGCAGGAGCCUUAAUUGGUACUUGUAUCGGAGGACCAGUUGGUUUAGUAGCAGGAUUGAAGAUUGGUGGACUGACUGCGAUAAGUUGUGGCCUGUUAGGAUAUACGGGGGCCACAAUAUUAAAGAAAAAGAAGUUACAAAUACAAAAAUCGCAGAGUACAACAGAUCAAACCAUGACAGAGCAGGUGAAAAUGACACAGAGAUCUUCAUCCUUGUUGGAGAAUUUAAAAGAGACUAAAAAAGAUUUGUGACCCAUUGAGAAUGAUGAUAUUAGGCCUAAAAAACACAAUGCUUGCUAUAUCGUUUAAUCAUAUAGGACUGAUUUAAUGUGAUAUAAAAUAUCUACUCAGAAGUUGCUUCUUUAAUAGAAUGUAAAUAAAAUGGGAAGGCAUGGAAAAUAUGCUGUUGACAUUUAUACUGCAUGUUGUCUUCAAAAUGGCUUGUGACCAAUUCUAUUGGGCAGUGUACUGCACUUUCAAAUUUUACGAAUAAUAAAAGGCACCGAAUAAUGCUGCCUACAUCACAAUACUUAUAAUUUGUCAGACGUGCGACAUUUUCUUCGAUAUGACAUUUUAUAAGCACCAACACGUGCAUGGGAUUGUUUGAAUUAGCUUAUAAUUAGGUUAGCCCCAAAUGUUUAAUAUUAGAUUGCACCAAAUAUUUAUAUAAUGUUGUUUGUAUAUUUCUAUUGAUAAAAUGUACUUAUGGAACAAGGUGACUUGUAAACUGGAGACUUAAAAUUGUUCACAAAUAAAUAAUAACAAAUUAAAGCUACAGCUUUAUAAACAACCACUACGAACUACACUGGCACAAUACAGAAAUUGUAGAAUUACAAAAAUCUCGAUUCGCAGAGUAUCGAAUGAUUUUCAAAAAAUGUUCCGCGAAUUUCAUUCUAUGUAAUUGAUUACAAUAAAAAUUGUUGUAAAGCAA